AUGUGCUUUGCUAUGUUCGCAGACUUUGUCGAGAUAGUGGAUUUAUUAUCUCAUAAAAUACAGAGCCAGACAUUAGUCACUCUGGACAGGAAGUCACCCAGCAGCAUAUCUAAGAUCUUCCCUCUGCUCUCUCCUCAGUGUUUGUUCCUGAUCUGGUGUAUGGCUCCGGUGACAUGGAACGGUUCUGAGAUCUUGUACAAUCGUGUGAUCCGGCCGUUUUUCCUGAAACACCAGGCAGCCAUGGACAGCGUGGUCAGCGACCUGAGCGCCAAGGCUAAGAACAUAACUGAGAGCGUGACAAAGGAGGCUGUUAACCGGGCCCUCAACCAUGACAAGGACCAGUGAGAGACAUGGAAAGGCUUUGUGUGUGUGUCUGUGUGUCUGUGUAUCUCUGUAAUUGAAAGAGUGACUGAAUGAGUUUAUGUGUGUUUGUUGUUUUGCUUUUGUUCUGUCUUCAAACCUCCUACCAUGACGAAUGAUGUUGAUCAACCCCUGCGUCAUGUGGUGAACCGAAGCUUCACACUCUUGAAAAUGAAUAAAAGGUUGUUUGUUUAUCACAUCAGUUUACUGCCAUCGGUACUGCCAAGACAAUCGGAGAAACUGUGACCUUUCUAUGUGAUCUUCUUUUAUUUGUCGUAGUGUGACAACCUUCGUGGAAAGAAAUCUAAUGAUGUCAAAAAAUACAAUUGUGUGCCUGCAGGUUUCAGCAGCACUAGCGGUACAGUCGAUAUUUUUAUGUCUAAUUGAGCCAGAAAACUGAGGCUGAUGACGUUACGGUUAUAAAAGCAGUUUGUCUUCAAAUGUGUCCACAAACAGCACUUUCUAAUUGUUAAUCAAAACUGGAACUUUUACAUGUCAUUAACGUGUUCUCGCUCUUAAAAGCCUCACUCUUGCAUGUGCGAAGCGGCAUUUAAAGUCUGUUGGAGCUAUUGGGAAUGGGAGGGUACUUCAUCUGUAACUUUAUCUUGAAGACUUCUGCCUUUUAAUAUGUCUUAAUUUAUCAUCUCAUAAUACUGAAAUAAUAAAACUGGAACCUGAAUGAAUUGAACAA